AGUGGCGUGAUCGGCGCGGACGGCGUCCUCAUGACCCUUAUGAAGCAGAUCGCAGGAGGAGACAUCACCAGUAAGAACCUGUGGCUGGCUGAGAAUGUUCUGGACAUACUGCUGGAUCAAAGGGAGUGGGUGCUGAAGAGUGGCAUGCUGAUAGCCAUGUCCGUGUACACCUACCUGCGCCUCAUCGUGGACCACGGCACCCCGGCACUGCUGGUCCUCAGACAGAAGGAGGUUGACUUGUGUAUCGGCCUGCUCCGAGAGAAGUUUAUGGAGUGUUUUAUCAUUGGGAGAGACCUGGUGCGUCUGCUGCAGAUCGUGGCCCGGAUCCCAGAGAUGGAGCUACUGUGGAAAGACCUGCUCCACAACCCCCAGGCCCUCAGCCCUCAGUUCACUGGUAAGGGUUUGCUGCAGCUCUUGACCGCUCGCACAUCCCGCAAGUUCCUGGCUUGUCGCCUCACACCAGACAUGGAGACCAAACUGCUCUUCAUGACCUCCAGGGUGCGAUUUGGCCAGCAGAAGCGCUACCAGGACUGGUUCCAGAGACAGUACCUGUCCACGGCAGAGAGCCAGUCGCUGCGCUGUGACCUGAUUCGCUACAUCUGCGGCGUGGUGCACCCAUCCAAUGAGGUGCUAAGCUCUGACAUCCUGCCCCGCUGGGCUAUCAUUGGCUGGCUGCUCACCACCUGCACGUCUAACGUGGCGGCCUCGAAUGCCAAGCUUGCCCUGUUCUACGACUGGCUCUUCUUCAGCCCAGAGAAGGACAGCAUCAUGAACAUAGAGCCGGCCAUCUUAGUGAUGCACCACUCCAUGAAGCCUCAUCCAGCCAUCACUGCCACUCUCCUGGACUUCAUGUGUCGGAUCAUCCCUCACUUUUUCCCCCCUCUGGAGGGGCAGGUGCGGCAGGGUGUCUUCAACUCUCUCACCUUCAUCAUGGAGAAAAGAGUGCUGGCUCAUCUAGCUCCUCUGUUUGACAACCCCAAACUGGAUCGGGAGCUGCGCUCCAUGCUGAGGGAACGCUUCGCAGAGUUCUGCAGUUCUCCCUCACCUCCUACUGAGGGAAGGGAUGAAGGUGCAAAUGAAAUGAAAAUGGAGGAGUCUGUUUCCUUGGAGAUGGACAAUCAUGUUCUGCUUGACAAGGAGGAUGGUUGCUACGACAACACGGAGGCUGCCUUCAGCGACGAUGAGGAGGAGGUUAACAACAAGGGUGAGGGCAAUAAAAAGCGGGAGUUCAGAUUCCACCCAAUCAAAGAGGCCGUUAUUGAGGAGCCCGCUGACAUCACUCCCUUCGUGGAUCAGUUGGACGACACAAUGAAGGAGAAGGUGUUGCAGUUACAGAAAGGAAGUGACACAGAGGCACAUUGUGAAGUCAUGCAGGAGAUAGUGGACCUGGUCCUGGAGGAGGACUUUGACUCAGAGCAGAUGUCCACUCUGGCCUCCUGUCUGGCUGAGCUCUUCAAGGGCCACUUCAGAGGAGACGUACUGCCUGACGACAUCACAGAAGAGUCGCUGGAGGAGUCUGUGUGUAAACCGGUGUGCCUGGUGUUCAGGAACCUGUGUCAGAUGCAGGAGGACAACAGUGGCUUCUCAGUGCUGCUGGAGAUGCUGGCGGAGCUCUACCAGAAACAGCCCAAGAUCGGCUAUCACCUGCUUUACUACCUCAGGGCCAGUAAAGCAGCGAUGGGGAAGAUGAGUCUGUACGAGUCGUUUGCCCAGGCCACAGCGCUGGGAGACCUGCACACCUGUCUCAUGAUGGACAUGAAGGCCUGCCAGGAGGACGACAUCAGGCUGCUCUGCUAUCUCACACCAUCCAUCUACACCGAGUUCCCAGAUGAGACAUUGCGCAGUGGAGAGCUACUCAACAUGAUUGUAGCAGUCAUCGAUUCAACACAGCUUCAGGAGCUGAUGUGUCACGUGAUGAUUGGCAAUCUGGUGAUGUUCCGCAAGGACUCUGUCCUCAAUAUCCUCAUCCAGUCUCUGGAAUGGGAGACGUUUGAGCAGUACAGUGCCUGGCAGCUCUUCCUGGCCCACAGCAUUCCACUGGAGACUAUUAUCCCCAUCCUGCAGCACCUCAAGUACAAAGAACACCCAGAAGCACUCUCCUGUUUGCUGUUGCAACUACGCAGGGAAAAACCCAGUGGUGAGAUGGUGAAGAUGGUGCUGAGUCGGCCCUGCCACCCGGAGGACCAGUUCACCACCAGUAUCCUGCGCCACUGGGCGGCCAAGCACGACGACGUCCUGGGGGAACAUAUCAAGGCCCUGCUCAUCAAGAACAACAACAUGCCACGCAAACGCCAGAGUCUGCGCAGCUCCAGCAGUAAACUGGCCCAGCUGACCCUGGAACAGAUCCUGGAGCACAUGGACAACCUGAGGCUGAACCUCAGCAACACCAAGAACAGCUUCUUCACACAGACUCCCAUCCUGCAGGCACUGCAGCAUGUCCAGGCCAGCUGUGACGAGGCCCACAAGAUGAGAUUCAGCGACCUCUUUUCAUUGGCCGAGGAGUACGAAGAGCCCUCCUCCAAGCCUCCCAAGUCACGGCGCAAGGCCCCCGCCUCCUCCCCGCGGUCGCGUAAGGGAGCGGUCACCCCUGUGAGCAACGAGGAAGAGAGCGCGUCUAGCAGUGCCUCGGAGGAAGAGGACUCCAAACCCAAAGCCCCCAAGAGGAAGAGGAAAGGCUCAUCUGCGGUGGCCUCGGACAGCGACUGACAGCCCCACAACCAACCCGCUCCCACCUGUCAUAGUGACAUCCCUGUAGACAGGACCAUCAGCCAACCAGCUUCUCCAAACCACUGAGGAAACCCCGCCCCCAGAGACACUCAACAAGAGGGGUCGGAGCUCCUCCGCGUGGACUCUAGUGCUACUGGCCGGAGCCAUGGAGACACUCGACCUCACCUCUCACUGGUCAUUGGCUGCUUUGUCAGUUGGUCUGGCUGGAUUGGUCAGGGGGAGCAUUCCGAGGGGAAAUGCCAGUCGCUGUGGCACAGACUGACAGAAGUACUGUUACGAGAGGGAUAUCUAUAUCCUUGAGGAAAGGAUUACAUGACUAGACUGGAUGUUUGGGGGGUAAAUGUGUUGCUCUAUUGUCACUUAGUUGUCCGCCUAUCACACUGCACUUAGAGACAUCAGACAAAGCAUUUUAUAAGCCAUGACCAUGAUGACCGACCAACCAGCAAGAGCAUCCAGUCCAGGCGAUUUUAACAGAGGCACGUGUCAAAGAUUUAAGUGAUUCCUACCGUUUUGGGGGAAGGGGGGGGGGGGGGGGGUGCGAGAGUUGAAGUGGGGAGAAAGUCACCUUUGUCCCAAUCCCAUAGAGAAAAAUGUUCCUACCCACAUCUGAAAAACUCAACAUGCCUGUUCACCCUUCAUUUCUGAUUGGCAAGAAGGGAGACCAUGGACACGCUCUCAUUGGAUCAUUUUAACCAGAUGGUUGGACUGUAUGCGAGGUCAGAAAUAAAAGACUGUAUGAAUGGAGGAGCCGGAUGUAGUUGCUGAACUUUUUAAUGGAAAUGUCUUUCUACUGAACUAUUUUCAUAAAAGAUCAUAACAAUUAAAAAAAAAGGGCUACAAAAAAAUAGAA